AAUUUAGUUUUUGCGUUUACUUUUUGAGUAGCCGUUAUUAGAUGGAUGUAGACGUAAUCCAGAAGUUAGCCCUGGCCGUUGAUCCGCCGGAUGAAUAUUUUGAUCCAGAGUUGCAACCGGAAACGGGGGAACAGUAUCUUCAAAAAGUGAUCUAUGAAAGGAAGCAUUGUCCUGCAGUCGUGGUCGCCAAACCAACCGUUCAGCAAUGUCAGAGAACAAAAGAUCUUACCGGAACUGGUUUAGUACCCACGGAUUCGGUGAAAAACAUCGCUCUGCAAGUUUUAAUUCCGACUAAGGAAUGGGAAUCAAUUCAGAACAAACAGUUUUCUGACCUACGGAACACUGUCACCAGCUACCGUAAUAGCCAGCACUAUCGUGAUAACUUGGAGAAAACUCAUGUUUUCCUUAACUUCGAGAAUCGCAAACAAAUGCACGAUUACUGUGCGAACAACCAGCCAUUUGUUAGUGUGCUGCUGAGCAUUCCGCAGCGGAAUCUCGAAUUAUUACUCGAGUAUCUUUACGACUGGCUUCAAGGAGUUCCAGCUGAUGAGCACACGGGUGAAUAUAAAAGAUACCGCAAUGAUUGGAUUACACAGUGGAUCUACGCCAUUUUGGCCUGCAUAAUUACUCCACUAGAGCCUUACAUUCACAGCAUUCUCAGGGAUAUAGCCAAAGCGUGCAUUACAAUGCGAAAUGAGUUAUCGGCCGAGGAGGAAUCGAAGGUACUUCCCUUGAAUUUACUUAUUUGUAUAAUUUCUCGUAACUUCAAUCAACUGGAUCUGAGAGAUAAUGUGGAUUGACUAUGAUAUGAUUUUUAAUUUGUGUUAUUAUUGAACUGCCGAACAAGAAUG